ACUCUGACGCCUCCUCUGCGCAUACAUCCACUUGCCUCUCCGCUGCGGAGUCGCCACCUUUUUUCCUACUAUCCACGGAAGAAAAACAUCCCUUUAAGAUGACCAGUAUCUUUAACAGAGUAUUUGCCUCCAAAAGGAACAUUGCGAUUUUGUCGGUGGUCGGUGGGUCGGUGACGGCCGGAUUUCUGCUGCAGCGGCACAAUGUCACCUCCGGAGCUUCGGCACGGAGGAUGUACCCCGCCAGCGCUGAGUAUCCAGACCUACGUAGACACAACAACUGCAUGGCCAGUCACCUGACCCCAGCUAUCUAUGCCAAGCUUUGUGAUAAGACGACUCCAAAUGGUUACACACUGGACCAGGCCAUCCAGACUGGAGUGGACAACCCAGGGCAUCCCUUUAUCAAGACGGUGGGGAUGGUGGCUGGAGAUGAGGAGUCUUAUGAGGUAUUUGGUGACCUUAUGGACCCUGUCAUCAAAGAGAGACACAAUGGCUAUGACCCACAAACAAUGACCCACCCCACUGACUUGGACGCCAGCAAGAUCACCUCAGGCCAAUUUGAUGAACGGUACGUCAUUUCAUCCAGGGUGAGAACAGGCCGCAGCAUCCGGGGCUUGAGUCUCCCCCCUGCAUGCACCAGGGCUGAGCGGAGAGAGGUAGAAAAGGUGGUUGUAGAUGCUCUGGCUGGUCUCAAAGGCGAUUUGACCGGGAAGUACUUCAGCCUCUCCCAGAUGACAGAUCAGGAGCAGCAGCAGCUCAUAGAUGACCACUUUCUAUUUGAUAAGCCUGUGUCUCCUUUACUGACAUGUGCGGGCAUGGCACGGGACUGGCCCGAUGCUCGUGGCAUCUGGCACAACAAUCAGAAAACCUUUUUGGUCUGGAUUAAUGAGGAAGAUCACACCAGAGUCAUUUCAAUGGAAAAGGGAGGCAACAUGAAGAGAGUGUUCGAAAGGUUCUGUCGAGGGCUGAAGGAGGUGGAGCAUCUGAUCAAAGAGAGAGGAUGGGAGUUCAUGUGGAAUGAGAGACUGGGAUACAUCCUCACCUGCCCCUCCAACCUGGGCACAGGUCUCAGAGCAGGGGUUCAUGUGAAGUUGCCACUGCUGGGCAAGGAUCCACGCUUCACUAAGAUCCUGGAGAACCUGCGCCUGCAGAAGAGGGGGACGGGUGGAGUUGAUACCGCUGCAGUGGGUGGUGUGUUUGACAUUUCCAACCUGGACCGCUUGGGACAGUCUGAGGUCCAACUGGUGCAGACUGUGGUGGAUGGCGUGAAUUACUUGAUUGAGUCCGAGAAGAGGCUGGAAAAGGGUCUGGACAUCAAGGUGCCCCCACCUAUUAAGCAAUUCAAAUAGGCAGCGGGCAAUGCAUAACAUUUUGUUGUCUUUCAUUUUCCGAUAUAUUGUGUUUUGUUGUCUUUUCAUAUGAAAUACACUUUGGAGUCCUAGAUUAUUGAUUAUUGAUUAUUAGUCUUUAGCUUCAGAAAUCACCAUAUUCUUAUGCCCUAAAUAUGAAAUGGCCAUCAAUGAUCAAUGAUGUUAUUGGGACAACCAUCAUCCACCUUAUGGUGAUGCUGUGGCCGUACCUGUACCUUAACCCAGGCGGUCAGUAACCAGUCAUUGUCCAUCUCUCAAACUGAUUUUAUUCUCUGUGAUCCAUUGAGUGAAAUGAUUUUAGUGAAAGAGCAUAACCACUGAACACACUUGUCAGACUGUGUUACUUAAGCAGUUCAACUGUCAUUGAAUGCCACUGUCUAUAAUAAAAUCAACAUAACAAUAAAAUGUGUCCUCUGCCGGUGUUCAGUCCACCACCAUGUAUUUUCUCCCUUAACUAUAAAAUGUGUCACUUUGAAAGAGUCUGUUCGUCUCACCAGAGUACAACCAGUGUAAAGACACUGCUCCUCCUCCUUAUUCCAGAAACUGCUUCAGAGAAAACGGGUUGCUAUGGCAACUGCUUCAGCAGUUGAUGGGGGGAGACUUAUUGGGCAACAAGAAUUAAUCCAUGCUCGAAUGUAGGCUGCUGUGCUGGCAACAAUUUAAAAUGACGAUAACAUAACUGUCUCUAUUACCUGUUUCUUAACUCUCAUUAGUGUUCAUACUCUACUGCUUUUAAUUCAUAUAUAUUUUUUAAUUUUCCAUUGUUGGGUUAAAUCAUGCAUGUAAAGUGCAUGAAAAUUUUAACUCACCAUAUCAUUAAAUCAAUAGAAGCACUGAGCUUGUUCCUUUGCAACAUUUUCACAUGAAAGAAGAAUAUUGGAUGAAGUAUUGGAGCAGUGGCCGUGUCCCUCGCCUCCUCAGCAUUAUGCCAAUUAUGUGGUUCUUUACAAGAUAAAAGUGUUUGAAGUUAUCUUAUUUUAAACAUUGAUUUUUGACUUGGUACAGUUGCCUUCUCCAAUUUUGUGGAUAACUUCAUGCUUAUUUAAAGUUGAGGUACCUUAAACCAUGAGCGAUAUUCCACAUUUUCCUCCUCAUUUCAGAAGCCCCAGGCGGUCCUGCCUUUGGGCAUAACAACUUUCUCAACAACCUUUUCUCUGCCCAGCCGUUUUCUUUCCCUAUAGUUUCCAAAAGACUUUCUUAGCACUGUUUUAACAGUUGUGUCACACCUUCAUUUUUUGUCUUAAUAUCCUGUUAGCUACUUGG